GUGGUACUCUCCUCAUUCAGAGAUGGCGCUGACCCCAGAGCUCUAUGACACCCCUGCCUCCCGGCUGGACUCCUUCGUGACUCAGUGGCUGCAGCCCAGCCGGGACUGGAAAGAAGAGGUCCUGGAGGCCGUGCGGACGGUGCAAAAAUUCCUGCGGGAAGAGCACUUUGAGGGGGAGCAUGGGCUGGACCAGGAAGCGCGGGUGCUGAAGGUGGUCAAGGUAGGCUCCUUUGGGAACGGCACGGUGCUCAGGAGAACCUCGGAGGUGGAACUGGUGGUGUUCCUGAGCUGUUUCCACAGCUUCCGGGAGGAGGCCAGGUACCACCAAGCCGUUCUGAGUCUGAUGUGGAAAAAGCUGUGGUGUUGCCGGGACCUACUGGCCCUUGGGCUUGAGAACGUGGAAAUAGUCCAAGGAGUCCCCGACGCCCUCGUCUUUACCAUCCCGACCAGGAAGACCGCAGAGCUCGUCACUGUCACCGUCGUGCCUGCCUACAGGGCCCUGGGGCCUUCUGUUUCCAACUCUCAGCCACCUCCUGAGGUCUAUGUGAGUCUGAUUGAGGCCCACGGUUACCCUGGAAACUUCUCCCCAUCCUUCAGCGAGCUGCAGAGGAACUUUGUGAAACAUCGGCCAACCAAGCUGAAAAGCCUCCUGCGGCUGGUAAAACACUGGUACCUACAGUACGUGAAAGCCAAGUGCCCAAGGGCGGCGCUGCCCCCUGUCUAUGCCCUUGAGCUGCUGACUAUCUAUGCCUGGGAAGUAGGUGCCCAGGAGGACGAGAGCUUCAGGCUGGACGAGGGCUUUGCCACUGUGAUGGAGCUGCUCCAGGAGUAUGAGUUCCUCUGCAUCUACUGGACCAAGUACUACACAUUCCAGAACCCACUCAUCAAGGGCUUUGUCAGAAAACAGUUCAAAAGAGACAGGCCUGUCAUCCUGGAUCCAGCUGACCCCACCCACAAUGUGGCAGAAGGGUACAGAUGGGACAUCGUCGCCCAGAGGGCCUCCCAGUGCCUGAAACAGAACUGUUGCUAUGACGACAAGGAGAAUCCAGUCCCCAGCUGGACCGUGAAGCGGGCACGAGACAUCCAAGUGACCGUGGAACAGUGGGGUUACUCAGAUCUGAUCCUCAGGGUGAACCCUUAUGAACCCAUAAAGAAGGUUAAAGAGAAGAUCUGGCAGAGCCGGGGCUGCGUAGGCCUACAGCAUCUGUCCUUCCAGGAGCCUGGUGGCAAGCGACAGCCCCUCAAUAGCCGGUGCUCCUUGGCCUAUUACGGAGUCUUCUCCAACAUCCGCAUCUGUCUGGUGGAGACCAUCUCCCCCGAGAUCCAGGUCUUUGUGAAUCAUCCCAAUGGCGGGAGCCACGCCUACGCCAUUGACCCCAAAAGCUUCAUCCUGGGCCUGAAGCAGCAGAUUGAAGACAAGCAGGGGCUGCCCACAAGUCAGCAGCAGCUGGAGUUCCAAGGCCAAGUCCUGCAGGAUUGGGUGUCUUUGUGGAGCUAUGGUAUCCGGGAUAGUGAUACCCUCAUCCUCUCCGAGAAGAGAGCUGGAAAGUUUCCUUUUCUGCCCAACUAAUCCGGGACUCAGCAUUAUCAACCACUUCCUCCAGCUCUCGCCUGGGGGAGGUCCCAUGUCUUCACCAGCUUUGUAAAUAGUGAGCGUAGCUCCGCCAGGAGGGAUGUGGGACACUUGCUAUACGAUGGACAAUGGCCAGACCAUACACGCCAAUAGAAUUCUGACCCACAGCCUCUGCAGUCCCCUAGGCCAGGAAGCCAAACUAUCACCUCUGUAGCAAGCACCCCCAAAUCAUCAGGACUUGGUUGAUCAGGGCCAGCUUCCCUAAUUCGACCUCACUUCCAACUUAGAACCAACCAGAAAAAUCCAGAUAGGCUCCCUAACCAAUCACAGAGGAGGCCCUGCUUCUAAUUAGCUGCCUACUGCUUCCCCAUGCCAACAGCUUCAAUCAGCGUAUACCUGAAGCCUUCCCUUUUUUUCCACUAUAAAGUUUUCCCUGUCUUGGAAUCUCUGCCAGUUUACGAGGGAUGCUGGCUGACUCCCUUGCAAUAGCAAGUUGGAAAUAAAUAACCUUUGUUUAUUCUC